UGUGGCCGAGGCGAGCCUACCAUCAGUUCUUCCCUAGAUAUGUGAUCAGGUCCAGACAAGCCCAAGCACGAUUUCUUCUAUACGACUCUACUGGGUUUUGGGUCAAUCACCGGCUGUUGUUCUUGAGAGUCUCAAUUCGAAUUCUACUCGACUCAACCCAUGGCUUCCCUGUUAGCGGCGUUGCUGCUCGUGUCGACCGGCUUGGCCGGGUCCGGCGAUGAGCGCGUGUGGUCCUCGGUCUCCUAGGUCAUGUACGGCGACCAUACGCCGCUCGUCUUGCCGGGCCCAGCGACUCUCACUCCUCUCGGAGCGAGUCAGAUGCACGAUCAGGGAGCUGCCUUUCGCCAUCGGUACUUGGAUAUCUCGCGCGAUGACGGCUUUGUCGGCAUAGUUGGCAUCAACUCGGAGACCAUCGAUAACUCGCAACUCCAUAUCGAAUCCUCCACCGACGGCUGCUCCGCGGCGGGAGCGAUGGCCUUCAUGCAGGGCCUUUAUCCGCCACGGCCAGACACAUCGUGCCAGCUUCCAAACGGCUCGGUUAUGGACUACCCCGUGUGUGGUUAUCAGUACCCGAACAUCCGGACCAUCUCCCCUAGAGUCGACCCGGACUCCAUUUGGGGCCGUGGGCAUGACGGCUGCACCAAACAUGAGAAGUUGCUGCUCCUGUAUAACAACAACGGCAAUGUCGACUCGAUUCACCAGAGCAGCAAGGUAUUCUACGGUCGUCUUUGGGACAAAGUAUUUUCCGAGGCAUUCCCCCGCUCGGAGGCUAGCUUCUACAACGCCUACGACCUGUACGACUAUGCUGCUCACCACUGGACUCACGGCAACCGGACUCGGUCAGCCAUGACCUCAGAAGACCUGGAAAGACUGCACCAGCUCGCUUGGGAAGAGCAAACACUCCGGUACGCCACCAUCUCUGGACCGGGCGGCAUCCAGGACGGCUUGACCGAUGCUAUCGCCGGCCGCACCCUAGCAAGCAGGGUUACGGCCCUUUUUAUCGAGAACAUGCAGUCCCGCGGCGCGCGGAACAAGCUAAACCUAGCCUUCACCUCACAUGAGCCGUUCCUAGGUUUCUUUGCCCUCACUAACCUCUCCGGCGGGGCCUCCGAGAGGGGCCCAUUUGCGCAGCUCCCCCGGCCGGCUGCAACGUUGACUUUUGAGCUUUUCUCGGUUGACCAGGAUAGGGAGUUGGCCAACGACAGCAACAAAUCCACCGAUCUCUCGACCUCGUCGCGCAGCAGCAACGGGAUACCCUACCCUUCGAUCGACAAGCUACACGUGCGGUUCCUCUACCACAACACUACCGCCGCGGACAACGAGCGUGGCAUCCUCAUGCCCUACCCGCUCUUCGGCAGCGGCCGCUCGUCCAUGAGCUUUAAGCACUUCAACGCGACCAUGUGGCAGAUCGGCGUCGCCAACACAACGACGUGGUGCCGCGUGUGUGAGAGCGAGGCAUUCUUCUGCGCCGCUGUCAAUCCGCCCCCGCCAGGGGUUCCUGCCCUGGCGGCUGCCCUUCUUGGCGCACUAUUGACACUGGUUGCUGUCGCGGUUGUUUUGGCUGUGCUCGCGUUCCUCGCGUGAGGGGAAGUGCGGUUCUUCCCUUUU